UACCCCACCGCUCGCUCAGCAACCAGCAUACAACACAUAGUUUAAUUUGACACCUGUCGAGACUCGAGAGAGAGGAGCAUGGCGACCUUGUGCAGGCAGCCGAGUCUGGAGUUCGACGUCAAGGUCGUGAGGGUGGCCGGCGUCGAGGCGCGGCUCGAGGGCGUCCUCUUCGUCAGGUACUACGUCCCGGCCGGCGACGGUAGGCGCCGGAUCCGCGUGCACACGCGCGAGGUCCCGUGCGGCGCGGGGGGCGACGACGUGCUCUGGGGCGAGCGCGUGCGCUUCCAGCUGGCGGGCAACGGCGGGGCCAUCGCCGCGCCGGGUAAGGUCGCGUUCGAGCUCCGGUGGAGGCCGCGCCCGUCGUCGUCCGGGCUCGCGGCGUUCCUGGGGACAGGGAGGCCGUCGUCGCGCGUGCUGGCGCGGGCCGAGCUCGCCUUGUCUGUGGGUGCAAAAUCAGCGUCGGCGGAGAGCUGGCUGAGACUCUCGCCGGCGGGCAGGGAGCUGGGCGGCGGGUGCAAGGCGCCCAAGUUGUUCGUCGAGGUCGAGGUCGUCCACGCCGCAGCGGCUGCCGAUCGCGUGGCCGUGCAGGCGAGGAAGUUCGGCGGCGUGAACGAGUGCUGCCGUGGCGGCGAGCGCUGCGGUAGCUGCGGCUGGGUCGGGACCGAGGAGGACAUGUUCCUGGCAGCGACGUUUACUCAAUAGCAAUACCAGUAUUCUGAUGGUCGGUGAACUUCGUAGUAGAGCUCUUCCAGCAAGCAGUUGUCGAUUUCAGUCAAACUCGGGCGUGAAAUAUGAACAAAUUUUGAACACGAUGCCAAAUUCGGUUCU